GCAAUGCCGAGUGCAGGGCACAGGAGCUCCAGCGUUGCUGCGACGGCUCUCUGCAAGACUGCUGACCCUCUUUGUCUGGCAUAUGCAGCGGCGGCAAAGAACACUUGCAAUCGGUCCAACGGCGUAUCACGCAAUCAGCGCUCAUAUUCAAGCCCAAUACUACGAUGGAGGAAAUUGGAAUCAAGAUCAGCGCCUCGGGCUCGUUUCUCCCGGCGGGCGACGCAACCCCAGUUUCGGGCUAUGCUGCCGAACUCGAUCUGCUAUCCGAGAAGGAUCUGUACAUGAAGCUCAAGAAGCUCCAGCAGCAUAUUGAGUUCCUGGCACUCCAGGAGGAGUACAUCAAGGACGAGCAAAAGAACCUCAAGCGCGAGCUGAUCCGAGCGCAGGAAGAGGUCAAGAGAAUUCAGUCGGUGCCCCUGGUCAUUGGCCAGUUCCUCGAGCCCAUCGACCAGUACACGGGCAUUGUCGGUUCAACCUCUGGAUCGAACUAUGUCGUGCGCAUUCUGUCGACGAUCGACCGUGAGCUGCUGAAGCCCUCGGCGUCCGUUGCAUUGCACCGACAUUCGAAUGCCCUUGUGGAGGUCCUGCCGCCCGAAGCCGACUCGUCCAUCUCGAUGCUCUCGGACCAGGAGCGACCCGAUGUGUCGUACCAGGAUAUUGGCGGACUCGACAUGCAGAAGCAGGAGAUCCGUGAGGCUGUCGAGCUCCCCCUCACGCACUUUGAUCUGUACCGCCAGAUCGGCAUCGACCCUCCGCGAGGUGUCCUGCUCUACGGCCCUCCCGGAACGGGCAAGACAAUGCUCGUCAAGGCUGUCGCUCACCACACCACGGCAUCGUUCAUUCGUGUUGUCGGCUCCGAGUUUGUGCAAAAAUACCUCGGCGAGGGCCCUCGCAUGGUCCGCGACGUCUUCCGACUUGCCCGUGAAAACUCGCCGUCGAUCAUCUUUAUCGAUGAGAUUGAUGCGAUUGCCACCAAGCGUUUCGAUGCCCAGACAGGCGCUGAUCGCGAGGUCCAACGUAUCCUGCUUGAACUUUUGAAUCAAAUGGACGGAUUCGAUCAGACUUCGAACGUCAAGGUCAUCAUGGCCACAAACCGUGCCGAUACGCUGGAUCCGGCCCUGUUGAGACCUGGACGCCUGGACCGCAAGAUUGAGUUCCCGACGCCAGACCGUCGGCAGAAGCGGUUGGUCAUGUCCACGAUUACAUCCAAGAUGAACCUGGCCGACGAAGUUGAUCUCGAAGACUUCGUCUCCCGCCCCGACAAGCUCAGCGGUGCCGAAAUCGCUUCCCUCUGCCAACAAGCCGGCAUGCUUGCUGUUCGGGCCAACCGAUAUGUGAUCUUGACCAAGGAUCUCGAGGAUGCCUACAAGUCGAUUGUUAAGAAAUCGGACAACGAGCACGAGUUCUACCGCUGAGCGACAGAUACAGUCGGAAUCGGUGGAUUGGCAUGGAUACAGUUGCCCGAGACCGAUGCGGGGAGAGGGCGCAGUGCAUUUCGAAAUAUAAAGUGCCCAGAAGAUAUGACAUGCCUAUUUCGGCCAAUCCAGAAAUGAACGGGAUGCCCUGGUUUUGGUCGUUGACCGAAUAUUAUGUUACCCAAUGUUAUCGCGCGCUGGCCAUGAC